UGCUCCCAUCUAUCAGUGGGCUCCAGCAGGAAGAUUGCUUCUUCUCUCUCUCCUCCAAGUCUUGGGGACUAAGUCUUCAAUCUGUGGGACUUGACAGUAUAGUGUCAGAAUUGAACUGGAGGACAGAGCUGCUCAGCUCCAAAAAAAACUCCCGGGACCAUCUCCACCUCUGGCCCAUCCUUGGGUCUAGCGACAAAGCCUGCAGGUGGCGCCACCAUGCGGCAGAAAGUGGUAUCGCUCUUCUUGUGCUACCUGCUACUCUUCACCUGCGUCGGGGUGGAAGCAGGGGAAAGCAGAGAUUCAGAAAAGAAAAAGAGCUCAGAGGACAGUGACUCCGGGUUCUGGAGAGCCGUGACCUUCAUGGCUGUCGGAGGAGGGCUGGCCGUGGCGGGGCUGCCUGCCCUGGGCUUCACCGGGGCCGGCAUCGCGGCCCAUUCGGUGGCUGCGUCGCUGAUGAGCUGGUCUGCCAUCGCGAAUGGGGGCGGCGUGCCCGCUGGGGGUCUGGUGGCCACCCUGCAGAGCCUCGGGGCUGGAGGCAGCAGUGUCCUCAUGGGAAAAAUUGGUGCCCUUCUGGGCUACACUGCCCACAAGGUCACAGAAAGCACGAAAGAGGAGGAAGAAUAGCCAGCAGCUGUCAGGAACUGUCUCCCUCCUUGCCCUCCCUUCCAGGGAGAAUCUAACACUUCCUCUGUCACUCUUCCCCCAACGACCUAAAUGGGAAAACAGACUACAUUUCUCUCAGAAAACACUUUGUCCUUUAACCUUACAAAACCAAACUAUGUAUCCUAAUCGUAUGUACCCCCAUAUUAAUCUGAAAAAAAGAUAAAAGAAAACACUUUGUCCCCUUGCAAAUCACCCUUUGCAAUGAGAAGGCCAACAAGAUCUGGCCCUGGCCUGCUCCAUCCACACACCCCCACUCCCAUUUUCCUGUCAAGCCAACCACAGCUCCUGGAAUAAAACCAGUUGAUUUUGCGUCUGGGCCUUA